UCAAUUAUGGUGGGUAUGACAAUGGAGUGGCCGGAGAUCUUCAUAGUGGCAACAUCCGCCUUAGGAUUCAUCACUCUUUCGAAAGCAUUAAUCUAUUUUGCGAGAUGGGUCUGGGUUAUGUUUUUAAGGCCACCCAAGAAUCUCAAAACCUAUGGUUCAUGGGCUAUCAUCACUGGUUCAACCGAUGGAAUUGGGAAAGCCAUUUCCUUGGAACUGGCUUCCAAAGGACUCCACAUCGUUCUGGUUGGUCGAAACCCUAAAAAGCUCGAAGCCACAUCGAAGGAGAUAAGAGAAAAACACGGCGGACAUGUUCAAGUGAAGCUUGUGGUCAUAGACUUCGAGAAAGUCGUCAAUGGAGAAGAAAUAGUGAAGAAGAUAGAGGAAGAAACAGAAGGUUUAGAAGUGGGCGUGUUGGUGAAUAACGUAGGCAUGGCAAGCCCUUAUCCGAGGUACUUUCAUGAAGAAGAUUUGGAGUUUAUGGAAGCAAUUAUUAAAGUGAAUUUGGAGGCAAUAACUUGGGUGACCAAGGCUGUGAUUGAAGGAAUGUUCAGAAAGAAGAAAGGAGCUAUCAUCAACACUGGUUCUGGUUCCUGCUCUAUGAUUCCUUCCUAUCCUCUCUGUACGCUCUAUGCUGCAACAAAAGCCUAUUUAUGGAUGUUCUCAAAAUGCAUCGGUGUAGAAUACAAAUCACAAGGAAUUGACAUCCAGUGCCAGGUACCAAUGUUUGUGGCAACGAAGAUGGUAAAACUGAAGACAUCCUUAUUUAUUCCAACUGCUAAGGAUUACAGCAAAGGUUGCAUCAGAUGGUUUGGUUAUAAAGAGAGUAUCUGUGUGCCUUACCUUUUCCAUUCUAUUCAAUGCCUUCUCAUACGAAUGGUUCCUGAUUCACUCGUUGAUUGGUAUCUCAUGCGACAACAUCUUUAUCUGCGCAAAAGAGGACUCGCCAAGUAUUCCAAACUCAAAGCUUAGAAUUUAGUUACAACUGUGUAAUAAAUUUCUGUAUGAUGAUUAAUGAAAUACUACCUCCGGUCUCUAAUAUAAGACCUAGUUAACUAGUUUGGUUA